AAAGUUAAUGUAAUGGCUAGUGUACCUGGGGAGACUGCCGAAGAAAAAAUUUUAAGUGAAGAAUACAAAAUCUGGAAGAAGAAUGCUCCAUUUCUGUAUGAUUUGGUUUUAACUCAUGCUUUGGAGUGGCCAAGUUUGACAGUUCAGUGGCUGCCAGACAUUACUAAGCCUGAUGGAAAAGAUUAUUCGAUUCAUCGUUUGAUUUUGGGAACGCAUACCUCUGAUGAGCAAAAUCAUUUAUUAAUUGCAUCGGCUCAGUUGCCUAAUAGCUGCAUCGACGUGGACAGUGCCAACUGUGAUGUUGAAAAUGCAGAAUUCGGUGGUUUUGGAAGCGUGUCUGGCAAGAUCGAUGUUGUCAUUAAAAUCAACCAUGACGGUGAAGUCAACAGGGCACGCUACAUGCCUCAAAAUCCAUGCAUAAUAGCUACGAAGACUCCAAGUUCAGAGGUUUUCGUUUUUGAUUACACGAAACAUCCGUGCAAAUCAGAACCUGGUGACUGUCGACCACAGUUGAGAUUGAGAGGCCACCAGAAAGAAGGUUAUGGUCUAUCAUGGAAUCUGAACCUAAACGGCUAUCUGCUCUCCGCCUCAGAUGACCACACCAUAUGCUUAUGGGAUAUAAAUGGAAACCCUACAGAAAAGAAUUACUUGGAUGUGAAAAACAUCUUCACUGGUCAUUCAGCGGUUGUUGAGGACGUUGCAUGGCAUUUGAUGCAUGAAACAUUGUUCGGCUCCGUAGCGGAUGACAAAAAGCUAAUGAUUUGGGAUACUAGAAGUAAUAAUACUAGUCGUCCUGCCCAUACUGUCGAAGCUCAUGUCGCGGAAGUGAACUGUCUUUCCUUUAAUCCUUACAGCGAAUACAUUUUGGCCACUGGAUCUGCUGAUAAGACAGUUGCCUUAUGGGAUCUGAGGAAUUUAAAACUGAAGUUGCACUCGUUUGAAUCUCACACGGACGAGAUAUUUCAGGUUCAGUGGUCUCCGCAUAACGAAACAAUUCUCGCUUCGAGUGGCACAGAUCGACGACUUAACGUCUGGGAUUUGAGCAAAAUCGGCGAAGAUCAAAGCGCCGAAGAUGCACAAGAUGGUCCACCAGAACUUCUGUUUAUACAUGGUGGUCACACGGCGAAAAUUUCUGAUUUCUCAUGGAAUCCGAACGAACCAUGGGUGAUAUGCUCUGUUUCAGAAGACAACAUUAUGCAAAUCUGGCAGAUGGUAGGUUUCAAUUCUGGGUUAGGUCAGGUCAACCCUUAA